AUGCCUCGGCCUGAUCCUUCUCCUAUUCACAGUAACAAGAACCCAUUUCUCACUUCCGCAGCUUCAUCCAGCCAGCCUUCAACUUUCGCCUCUGCAUUCGACCAAGCCUCCGACUUGACCUUGUCCUCGCCGUUAAUCUCCAUAUCCCAGCCCACUAUCUCGACCUCGCACGCUAUCACUCGUCACCUGGCCAAAGUCUCCAAGCAGGCACAGCAGGACUAUAUCGCUUUUUCGUCCGGAGUCGACGGAACCUUACCCUCACCAGUCUUGGCGGACUCCCCCGUCGUCUCCAGCUCGUCGUCCACCUCGCGCAAGCGCACUUCGACCAUUACAGAACAGCCAAUAAGCUCGAGCUCGAGCCAAAGCCACACCACUAGGUCCCGCUCCCAGUCUCAACCCACAAGUACCCCCUCAGGCACCCAUCACAAGAAGCGUCGCCUGCAAACCACAAACAAACCCCAAUCAUCCUCCUCAACGUCAAGCUCCUCCGCACAACCUGUUAUCACUCGUUCGCGAUCAAAAGCAUCAGGAUCUCUUAGUAGGGACUCUCAAGAUCUCGCUCGGUUUAUGCGACAGUCGAAAAUGAGUACCUCUCAAAAGCGAUCAAGCGCCAUCUCCAAGACAUCCUCCAAGGACGUCGAUACCAUGGAUGCAACCCAUCCCCAGGACUCUGCAGACCAUACAUCCCUUCACGAUGCCGACCAGUCAAAAUCUUCACAAGGAUCCAGCCAGGAGAAUUGUGACGAGAAGGACACUUCCAAAGACGGUGCUCCGACAGGAAGAGCGGCCGCAGGAGGCGACAAUGCAGGGGAAGCCGCUUCGUCUGAAUCGAAUCGCGCUGAACGAGACGAGCAACCAGAUGAUGGCGAUGAGGAGCACGACGAAGCGGAGGAGGUUGACGAAGAAGGGGAAGAAGACGAUGACGAAGGCGAUGAGGACGAUGAUGAAGAGGACGACUAUGAUCACCACCAACAAUCGAACGACCAGGAUGGCUUAUUCUCGUCUGGUGGCAGCAUGAGUGGUAUGGUCUCCGGAAUGUCAUCCAGGCUUAAGGGUAUCCUUACCAACCUGCGCGCAUACGAAGACCCUUCGCUUCAGUUGAUUGCCCUGCAGGAUCUGGCGGUUCUUUUGUCUGUCUCUACUGAAGAUACGCUGGCUGGGUAUUUCAGCUGCGAGUCUUUUGUCAAGGAGCUUGUCAUCUUGUUGCGUGGUACAGGUGAGGACUUCGACAACCCUGAGAUCAUGUUGCUGGCUUGUCGAUGCCUGUCCAACUUGAUGGAGGCCAUGCCUGCAUCUCUUGGCAGUGUCGUCUACAGCGGAGCGGUCCCGGUUCUUUGCUCCAAGUUGCUCGAGAUUCAAUAUAUCGACCUUGCAGAGCAAUCCCUCACAACUCUCGAAAAGAUUUCAUCAGAAUAUCCACAUGCUGUCGUCAAGGAAGGAGGACUUGCUGCGGUUCUGUUGUUCCUGGACUUUUUCUCGACGAACGUCCAGCGCACGGCAGUGAAGACGGCAGCAAACUGCUGCCGAGGAAUGCAUCAGGAUAGCAUCUCCAUGGCGAAGGAUAUUCUUCCAAACCUGGAGAACCUCCUUCAGUACUCGGACCAGAAAAUUGUUGAGCAGGCCUGCUUGUGUUUUGUCCGCCUCGCCGACAGCUACAAGUCCAACGCUGCGCUUCUUCAGUCCGUCGUCACAGAGACCGUCCUCCGCACAAUUUUGUCGUUGCUCUCUCCUAAUGCCAACGUGAUUGUCGGGCCUCACGUCUACACACUUCUGCUGCACUUUUUGAGCACGGUAGCUGAGCAUUCGCCUCCUCUUGGCUUUGCACUUCUGGAGAUGGACAUUGUCAACACAUUGUUUUUAGCGCUCACAGGAACACAUACGCCUCAUGACUGCGGCGAGGAGAGCGGCGCUUUGAACGUGCCAAAUGUUGGCUCACGCCCCAAAGAGCAAGUCUCUGAAAUCAUUGGCAUCGUGUCGCAGCUUUUGCCUGCGCUUCCCAAGGAGGACCCGCUGUUCGAUAUUGAGUUCAGGUACCAGGCAGUCAAGAAGGAGGCGGAGAACGCGAGUACGAGCACUGUCGAUGGCGAGGAUAUCGAGAUGAAGCCUGCGGCCAUUGACAGGAAAGCGGAACUACUGGCGUCCCACCCGGAUAGCGUUCGACGUAUGGGCACCAUCCUGAUCCCGACGCUGAUCGAGGUUUAUUCAUCGACUGUGCACCUCAAAGUCCGGCAACGUGCUAUCAAUGCAUUGGUGAAGUUGAUCUACUUUACUGGCGAUAGCGUCCUGGAAUCCGUGUUGAAGAACGUUGAGCUGGCGAGCUUCUUGGCUGUCAUUCUCUCUCAGCAGGAACAUCAGUCGCUGGUGGUAGCAGCCCUGCAAAUUACCGACAUUCUCAUGACAAAGAUCCCUUCGACUUAUCGGCAGUAUUUGGAAAGAGAAGGCGUGACAUUCGAGAUCUCUAAGCUUGCCUACCUUGGUGUUGAGCUUUCUCUUUCCAAGAACUUAAAGUCAGCCGAGACUGCUGAGAGCUCCAAGGAUAGGGAAGACACAUCAGUCAAGACGGCACCAUCGGAAACUGCCAGCUCUACUGAGGACACCAUCGCAGAAGACUCGUCAAAGGAUAACUCAGAGUCUGCAGCCUCGACACAAGACCCUGCCACAGAGGCAGCGGAUAUGUCUAUGAUGACUUCAGAGACUGGUCAGAGAUUGGUUCAGCUGAUGAGCGGGAUCCGGAGCAUGCGAGACCAGCCUACUGAGGGCGAGUCGAUCAGCGAACAGCUCGAAGCCCUUGGGGGAGAGUUGGAAGCGGCAGCAGCACGGCUUUCGCAGCCAGGUCAAGGUUCCGACCCAGCUCUGUCGGCCUCAGCUACUGCAACUUUGAACCAGCUUCGGUCUCUGCAGCGAUUCAUUGUUGGAGGUCCACGCUCAGUAGCCACAGCUCAGAAGGACGAGAAAGGCCUUGGUUCGGGCAAAAUCAAGGACUGGAUUUUGGAGCGAGCCAGGAUUCUCGUGGAGUUGUUCCAUGCACCGGGUUCUGAGAACGGAGAGGAGGCCAACCAAGGAACGGCCGUCCUGGUCGAUCUCAAGCGGAUGAGCGAAGCUCUGGGUGGUUCACAGAAUGACGCAUCUGCGUCCAUCAAGGAGCUUGCCCAAUACUUUGGUCGGAUGGGCGUCUCCGGUAUUUCGUCCUUUGAGUUCCUCAACAGUGGACUUCCGCAGUCCCUACUUGGCUACCUCACCGAUACAUCCACCAAGUAUACCACUACUCAGGAGAGCAGGAUUCGGCAGUUCAUUCAGGGGUUCAUGGUUGUCUCUCAAGGUACAUCCGAUGCUUCGACGCCCACUCCGCUUGCGUUGCUCGUCAAGAAGAUGCAAGAAGGUCUUACCCGCAUGGAAACGUUUGAGGUGGAGACCGCGCAAGGUUCAUUAACAGAGUCACGAGGCGGGCCGUCUUCCAGUCUUGCCACUCAAGUGCGUCUCAAGCUGUCGCCGGAGGAGGGCACCGAAGUGCCAUCAGGAUAUCAGAACUUGAUCGUCUCGAUCCAUGCCAUUGCGACCUUCAGGACUCUGGACGAGUAUCUUCGACCCCGAUUGAAGCCUAAGCUGGCUGUGCCUGAAAUGGCCUCGACUUCUCGCUCUCCCAAGAGCAGAUUCAAACGCCCAGACGAUUCAGCGAACAAGGACACCGCAGGGAAGAGCACUGGACUUGACAACGUCGUUAGCACUACUUCGGAAGAGAAGUCGACCACGGAUGGAGCAUCUGAUGCACAACCGAACAAGAAUGCCGAGAUCAUUGAACCCGAGGACUCCUUUGGUGAGAGUGACGAGGGCGGUAUUGAGGAGAUGGAUUACGAUCUGGAUCAACGGUCAGCCAUGUUGGACGCAGAUGCCAAAAUGGCCGAUGCUACCAAGUCCGACACCGAGAGCGGAUCAACCAAACGGGACGACAAGGACAAGCCGUCGAAGUCAAGGACCGCCAGCCCUUCCAAGAAGGAGACCGCGUCUUCGGAUUCGGGCUCGGCCUGGCAUAUCCAGUUCUCACUUCACGGAACCCCCAUCAGUACAGACAUGACAGUCUAUGGUGCCAUCCACGACUACGAGCGGAAGAACAACAAGACUGCAACUUCGCGAGGCAUCUGGUCGUCCAUGUAUCCCAUCAAGUACAAGCGAGUCGAUACCCCUGCACCUGAGCACACAUCUCCAACGGCUCAGACGCAUGAUCACGACGAAGUCGACUUGACCUUCACCGCAGAGAUGCCCAAGGAUCUGCCCCAGAGUGCUGACUAUGCACCGAUUCUCGGAUUGUUGCGCGCCCUUCAUGGCCUGAAUGACGAUUGGAGGCGGUUUUAUGGAGCAGAGGAGCAGCUGCCUCCAGUGACCCAGUAUAUGGACCAGAAGGAGUUUGUUAAUAGUAAGAUCUCGGCCAAGGUGAACCGUCAAUUGGAGGAACCUCUGAUCGUCGCCAGCUCGUGUCUUCCCAACUGGACUGUCGGACUCGUUACCGGAUUCCCCUUCCUUUUCCCCUUUGAGACACGCUAUAUCUAUCUCCAGUCAACUGCCUUUGGAUUCUCACGCUCGAUCAUGCGCUGGCAAAACCAGCAGCAACGCAACGGCCACACGGACCAGCGUGACGACUCGCAGAACUUUUUGGGUCGCAUUCAGCGUCAGAAGGUUAGAAUCUCAAGACAGAAAGCGCUCGAAUCUGCAGUGCGUGUCAUGGAUCUGUAUGGAUCGCAUCAGGCGAUGUUGGAGGUGGAGUACUUUGAAGAGGUUGGUACCGGUCUGGGACCUACGCUGGAGUUCUACUCUGUCGUUUCCAAGGAGUUCUGUAAGAAGUUCCUGAAGCUCUGGCGCGAUGGCGAUUCAGAGGGCGCAACUAAGUAUGUCACUGCCCCACAAGGUCUUUACCCCCGGCCGAUGGCAACUGUCCCAGGUCACGCCGACAACCACAGGAAAAUCUUGAAGCUGUUCAAGUCCCUUGGCCAGUUUAUCGCCAAGGCAAUGCUGGACUCUCGGAUCAUCGAUGUGCCUCUGUCAGCACUGUUUGUGAGCCAACUUUUGGGACGCAAUCUCAAGCCAAGGCUGCAGCUUGUCGCCUCGAUCGAUCCUGUUCUUGCCCGGUCCGUUCAAAGCCUGCAGGCUUAUGUGGCGGAGAAGAAGCGUAUUUACGGCCUCAAUCUCCCCAGCAAGGAACGCGAGACCGCAUUGAAGAACAUUGAACACCAGGGUGCCAAGCUGGAUGAUAUGGGUCUUGACUUCACCUUGGUUGGCUAUCCCGAGAUUGAACUCAAGGCUGGAGGCACCAACAUUCCUGUGACCAUUUACAAUGUCGAGGAGUACAUCCAGUUGACAGUGGAUAUGACAGUCGGCCGUGGAGUGGAAGCGCAAGCGGCAGCAUUCAGGGACGGCUUUAACUGUGUUUUUUCGAUUCAGGAUCUCACAGGUUUCCGUUCGGAGGAGUUGGUCAGACUUUUCGGUUCCGGUGACGAGGACUGGUCCUACGAGACACUUGUGGACACCGUCAAGGCGGACCACGGAUUCCGAAGCGAGAGUCGUGCGUUCAAGAACCUUCUGCGUGCCAUGAGCGAGCUUGACAAGGAGGAGAGGCGCCAGUUCUUGCAAUUCAUCACUGGUAGCCCAAAACUCCCCAUUGGAGGAUUCAAGAACCUUCACCCGGCAUUCACGGUUGUGUGCAAGCCCUUUGAGGCGCCUCUGAAGGCUGACGACUAUCUGCCGUCGGUGAUGACAUGUGCCAACUACUUGAAGAUGCCCGACUACUCGACCAAGGAGGUGAUGAUGGCCAAGUUCAAGACUGCGUACGAGGAAGGUCAAGGUAGCUUCCACUUGUCUUAA